UUUAUGUCUGCGCAAAUGUGAUAUUGCAAUUGUUUGAAUGUGUCGGAAACCAGAUAUGUGGUAGAAACAGUAUUUUCGAAUCCGUACGCCAUUGAGUCUGAUUUCCGGAUGAUCCUCCUUGGGCGUUCUUUCGAUAGCUUUUACGGGUUUAAUAGUUUGUUUUCAGAGUAUAUGCUUCUUCAUCAUGUCAAUUUCGUAUGCUACAACAGCAGAAAGUGUAACCUGUCACGGGUGAAAUACUACAGGGUCAUUUAUCGAUUUGUCCGCUGCGCACGUGGAAGUCAAAAAGUACAGGAGUGUGAGGACUCACGUAAUGCUAAAUGCCAAGCGCGCGUUAACCUCAUUAGAACGGGACGCAAACUAAAAGUCACAACGUUCGAUCUCUCUCACAAUCACCCAGUUAAUGGCGUUCUUUUUGAGCGACACCCCAUCAAUCGCCGUCUGACUUACGAUGAGUUCACUCCGUCCGUUGAACUUUUCCGCUACAACACCCCAACUGGUACUGGUGAUCUAUUUCCUUACCUUUCAUCGAUAUGUUGUCGAAAGGGAGCCGUGGAAUUCCCCUCAAACAGAGGUAUUGUGCAGAAUAGAUUGCCAAAAAACUCAACCGCCUAAACUGCCAAUUCAACAUUUGAGUGACUAGCCAACCGGCUCAUCGCAACCCAGAUUAACU